ACCUGCUGGUGGCGCUAGAUAAAAAGUCCAAAUCAACAGUCAGUUAAUGAAGUUGAUCCUCUGGGACCAAGAAUGUGUAGAAAUGUUGAUGUGAGUCCAUCAUCCAUCCUUUAGUCCAGAUCCAGUCCAUGACUAAGACUAAAGUAGUGGACUGACCAACCACUGACAUUAACAUCAGAGCCAUGCUGCUAGUGAGGCUAAAAGAAAGGAGAAGAAGAGACAGUCAUGUAGAUGUGAACAUCAGAGAACACAUCAAGGAGCUGAAAUAUGAUCCUUCCUCCUCAUGUGACUCCUUCCCCUCAGCUGACUCUCUCAGCAGCACACAGGUUUUUGUAUUAGUCUUUUUCACUGUGUGGCAGCGGCAGGGCUACGACAUCUUUGGCUCUGGAACUAAACUGUAUGUAACAGAUGAGCAGGUAGUGAAGCCCGUGGUGAGCGUGUACCAGGCAGCAUCCAGAGCCCACCUGGAGGGGAAGAGCUCUCUGCUGUGUCUGGCCUCACACAUGUUUCCUUCUGAGGUCAAGUUCUCCUGGAAAAGACAGAAGGAGGGCGGCUCUCUGGAGGAGCUGUGACCCCUUGCUGAAGGAGAGCAGCUGGAGCUCAGAGAGUCGGGACGCAGAGCCUCCAUCAGGCUGGUGGAUAGAGAUGAUCUCUACACAUAUGAAUACAUCUGCUCCGUCGAGCAUGAGGGAGGCACAGUGGAGGCCAAAGCACUACAAGAGUUUCCUCAUGUCUCUGAGUACAAAGUGAAGCUGCUCUGUCUGCAGUACACAGUGCUGAUAGUGAAGAGUCUGGUGUACUGCUGUGGACUCUCUCUGCUGAUGAGCCUCAGAAACAAGGGACCAUCCACCAGCUCCACACAUGCUGACUGACUGUUUUCUGCUCCUCUUUUCUCUCCAUCACAUCUCAUCACUUCAUCUCAUUCAUCACUUUGAUCAGUCUUCAGAAAUGUUGUUGAAAUGUUCUUCUUG